AAGCCGCCGUAAUUGCUGGAGGUCGUUUCCAUAGUAACAAGUGUAGAGGCUCUGUUAGAAACAGGGGAACGAUGGCUGGAAGAGACGGUUCGGUAAAAUUGGACGUCGGCGUGUUAAGCGCCGAGCAGCAAGAGAAACUGCGACAGUUUAAGAUAAAGACAAGAAUCGACAACGAGACGUAUUUGAUGUCACAUCCAGAAGUAGACGCAUUGAUAGGCGACUUUUUAAGAGAUGUACUCCUCAGAAGGCCUGCUGACAUCCGUGAGUUUGCAGCAGACCACUUCGCCAAAGCAAACCUUCCUGCGGUUAUUGGCUCCAAAAUUGAAGGAAACAGUGACAUGGAGUGAAACACACCCAACACUCAGCACGGUGCCUCUCCUGUAUGUCUUCUUCUGUACAGAACAACAUAUCUAAUGACUCUUUAUAUUAUUGUCAUAAUAGCAGAUUGCUAUCAAGGAAGCCAGCUGAUAGUUUCAUAUCAUUCUGCCAAUAAUAAUAUUCUGAAUCAGUGUGAUUAAAUAUUAAUGAGAA